AUGGCAGAAUUACCAGAGUUUAUUGCUCUUGAAUCAGUCAAGAACAGGAAAUACCUGGUCUACAAACACCAACCCACCAUCCCAAAGCUGCCACAUUUUCUCCAAUGCUCCGGACAGGAUAGUCACAGCAAAGACGCAAGGUUCAAAGUGGAGAAGGACGUAAACGACCCCAGUCUGGUGCAUAUAAAAUGCACCUACAACGACAAAUACUUGAGACUGGAAAGCCAACAAAGUUCGUGGAUUGUGGCCGACGCUGACAAGAAACAGCCAAAUAAAACCCUGUGGUCAUGUACACUCUUCAAGCCGGAGGGUUUGGAAUUCCCGGGACUGGACGGCUUAUACAAGUUCAUCCACGUGUACACGGAAAAGCCUAUAGGGCCAAAAUCUGAAUCCCUCUUGAAGGAUUUCCUCGCUGUAGAAAGUGCAAAACCCAACGAAAUCCAUGCCUUCAUUGUCAAAAAACUUCCAGGAUGA